AUGUCUUACGGUGGAAACUCCCGCGGCGGCGACUCUUACCGCUCUCGCGGUGGUGACAACGGUUACUCAGGCGGCGGCGGUUAUUCCAACGGAGGCGGCUACAGUGGUGGCGGCGGUGGCUAUGGUGGUGGUGCUGGUGGCUACGGCGGUGGUCGUGGAGGCUACGGCGGCGGCGGUGGUGGUUACGGCGGUGGUGGCUAUGGCGGCGGCGCUGGUGGUGAUCGUAUGAGCAACUUGGGUGCUGGUUUGAAGACCCAGGAUUGGGAUCUCAACAACAUGCCCAAGUUCGAGAAGUCAUUCUACAAGGAACACCCUGACGUUUCCGCCCGCUCAGACGCUGAGGUUGAGGCCUUCCGCAAGAAGUCGGAGAUGGUCGUUCAGGGCCGUGGCGUGCCUCGUCCCGUCGAGACCUUCGAUGAGGCUGGUUUCCCCGCCUAUGUCCUGUCCGAGGUCAAGGCUCAGGGUUUCGAGCGUCCCACUGCAAUUCAGUCUCAGGGUUGGCCCAUGGCUCUCUCCGGACGUGAUGUUGUCGGUAUUGCCGAGACUGGUUCCGGAAAGACCCUGUCCUACUGUCUCCCCGCCAUCGUUCACAUCAACGCCCAGCCUCUGCUGGCUCCCGGCGAUGGCCCCAUCGUCCUCAUUUUGGCUCCCACCCGUGAGCUGGCUGUCCAGAUUCAAACUGAAAUCAGCAAGUUUGGCAAAUCUUCUCGCAUUCGCAACACCUGUGUGUAUGGUGGUGUCCCUAAGGGUCCCCAGAUUCGCGACUUGUCUCGCGGUGUUGAGGUCUGCAUUGCUACUCCUGGUCGUCUGAUUGACAUGCUUGAGGCCGGCCGCACCAAUCUUCGUCGCGUCACUUACUUGGUUCUGGAUGAGGCUGAUCGCAUGCUCGACAUGGGUUUCGAGCCCCAAAUUCGCAAGAUCAUCGGUCAAAUUCGUCCCGACCGUCAAACUUGCAUGUGGUCUGCUACUUGGCCCAAGGAAGUCCGCCAGCUGGCCAAGGACUUCCUCAAUGACUACAUCCAGGUCAACAUUGGCUCCAUGGACCUGUCGGCUAACCACCGUAUCCACCAAAUCGUCGAGGUCGUCCCCGAGUUUGAGAAGCGCGACCGCAUGAUCAAGCACAUGGAGAAGAUCAUGGAGGAUCGUUCCAACAAAAUCAUCAUCUUCACUGGUACCAAGCGCAUCGCCGAUGAAAUCACCCGCUUCCUCCGCCAAGACGGAUGGCCCGCGCUUUCUAUCCACGGUGACAAGCAGCAGCAAGAGCGUGAUUGGGUUCUUAACGAAUUCAAGUCGGGCAAGAGCCCCAUCAUGGUGGCCACUGACGUGGCUUCCCGUGGUAUUGAUGUGCGUGACAUUACUCAUGUCCUGAACUAUGACUACCCCAACAACUCGGAGGACUAUGUCCACCGCAUCGGUCGUACUGGCCGUGCCGGUGCCAAGGGUACCGCUAUCACUUUCUUCACCACUGAGAACUCUAAGCAGGCUCGUGACCUCAUCACCAUUCUUACCGAGGCCAAGCAGCAGAUUGACCCCCGUCUCGCUGAGAUGGUCCGAUACAGCGGUGGCGGCGGUGGCGGUGGUCGCUGGGGUGGUCGUGGCCGCGGAGGCUGGGGAGGCCGAGGUCGCGGUGGCGGCGGUGUCACGGCUUCCAAUGCUGCUCCCCUCGGCGGCGCCCGCCGGUGGUAA